AUGUGUUUCUGGAACAUCGGUACUCCCACUCCGAGUUAUCCAUGUACUCUCUGUAUCAUCAAAUCGGUAUUGUUCCCUCCGAAAAAGAAGAAACCAUUUCCGCUAAUCUAUCUUCCAACAGUCGCAUUGCAGAAUGUGAUAAAAAUGAUGAAUCCACAUGAACUUCCUAAUGGUUAUAUACUUGAAUUAUUUGAUGCUAAUGAUCGACAGUUCGUCGUCGACUUUGGGGAUGAGCAUAUAGUUGAACCAAUGGAUACAGUAACAAAAAUGAAACAGUUUAGUGGAAGCUAUAAAAUAGAAUACGACACAUCAAUUUUUUUAUUUCAACCAUUCCCGCUUUCUUGGUUUUUUGAAGUCUCCAAUCUUCUUCUGUCUCUAUAUACAAGCCCUUCUAUCGAAUGGGUUUUUUACAUGGAUCAGCUGGAAAUCGAAACUACCCGUCAGUUUCUGGAUACAAUUCUGUCAGGAAGAUGUGAAAUGUUAACAUUUUACGGUAUCGAGAUCAGUUGUGAGUUUUUGACAGAGUUGAUGGAUAAAAUACCAUUGGCUAAGAGAAUAAUAAUCGAUGCUCAUAUUCCUUCGGAUUUUAGACAUCCUAAUGCUCUCAAAUUCUCUGGCUCACAAUAUAAAAACGGGCGGUGGAUUACAUUGGAUGACCUGAAAUCUGUUAGAAACGUCCACUAUGUUUAUUUAAAUAGCACUAUUUUCAACUGUAAUGAUAUCAACCAAUUCCUUCACUAUUGGACGAACUGUGAUGAUAAUAUGUUUGAAGACAUGGAAUUACAGUUGGAUGAUAGUGUGGAAAUUGAUGUGGAUGUUCUGAAGAAUGAGUUGAUUACAUUGCAAAUUGUUGAUGAAACUGUUGAAACGUGUUUCUAUUUAAAAGUCAAAAACCAUCACAAUCGCCGCUUUGUUUUAUGUCGCUUGCAGAUCUGUAAAAGCAAGAAAGCCAAAUUCACAGUUCAAGAAGUGGAUGAUCAGCAAACAAAUAAAUUCGAAAUACUGGAAUUACUUGAGAAGAAGAAGAAUCUCGAAGAGAAAAACGAAGAUUCAGAGGUUUCGGAGGAGAGUAGAAGAAAGAUUGCAAUGGAAAUCGAGGAAUUGAUGUGUCUUAUAAUCAAGAAAAACAAAAACAGAUACAUUUUCGAGUUUUGA